GCGGUGUGUUUUCUGUAACGUGUGUUUGUGAUUCUCAUGAAACACAACCACUGAAAAUGUGUAAAGCUUAUAUAUACACUCACCUAAAUAGAUUCUUUCCUAAACUUGCUUUUGGGGUUGUUAAGGGAUACAAUUGUUCAAACUGGCUGAGUGCAAAGAGAAAUGACCACGUGAUAUUCUAGUCAAACAUUUACGAUCUCUUCAUCUAGAAUUACCUUUUUACAGCUUGGCAAUGCAAUUAUAAAGUCCCCUUUUUUUUCUCUUUCCAGAUUUGAUUUCACAUUUUCAAAAUAAUGAAGUCGAUAUACAGAGAAAUAUUUUAUGUGAAUUUUGCAAUUCUAUUGCCUUUUGUCUUUGGUCAUGGACGUCUAUUGGAACCUCCUUCAAGAACAAGCAUGUGGCGCUUUGGAUAUAACACUCCUCCAGAUUAUGAUGAUAACGGACACAAUUGCGGUGGAGUAGGGCUGCAAUUUGGAAAAAAUAAAGGAAAGUGUGGAAUGUGUGGUGACCCUUACUAUGGACCUCGUGACAGUGAAGCUGGAGGAAUUUUUGCCAAAGGGAUCAUUACUCGAAAUUAUAAAUCAGGAGGAAUACUAAAUGUUUUAAUUCAAAUAACUGCCAAUCACAAAGGCUACUUUGAAUUCCAUCUUUGUCCUAAUAACAAUGUUAAGGAGAGGAUAACACAAGAAUGUCUAGAUAAAUAUCCACUGAAGUUUCUUGAUGGCACCAGCAGGCAUUUCCUUGAAGACUUCCGCAGUAACACAAAUUUUAGCCUGUCUUUGAGACUACCCUCUCAUCUAGAAUGUUCACAGUGUGUUCUUCAGUGGAAAUAUACAGCUGGAAAUACAUAUAACUGCGAUCCUAUUUUAGAUAAAUGUUGCACUGGAUGUGGUGAUCAGGAGCAAUUUUAUGCAUGCGCAGAUAUAUCUAUUAAGAAGGCAUCUGAUGCAUCAAAAGAGAAAAACCCUACAACGAAGCAGAAAUUAGACUCAACUGAGAACGAGACGAAAGGAGGACUUACUACUUCUCGGAAUAUCCCAGAAAAACCAAAUAUAAACAGUAAAAUGAUAUGUCAAGCAAAAUUUAAUCUCCAGCCCAAGAAACAUUUUAAUAAAUGGUGCAAUUUAAUGUGCCAGCCGAUGAAUCCAUUUCCGUAACUCUACAACAAUAAUAAUAAUAAAAUAAUAAUAAUAAUAAUAAUAAUAAUAAUAAUAAUUGAUAAAUAAAUAAAUAAAUAAACGAAUAUAUGAAACUAAUGUCUCAAAAGAAUUACCUUUUCCUCUUAAAUGUAAUAUUCAUAAUCAAUACAUUGUAAAAAUUAUUUCAUGAAAAUUAUAUUCCUUCAAUCAAAAUAUCAUGUUCUUAAAACAUAAUACAUAAUGUGAUUAAAAAUGGUGCUCAAAUUGAA